AACGUUUCCAAUCAAUUUAAUUCCACUCUGAGUCUUCAAAAUGUCUGGGGCAUCACUGCUGGUGAGAAAUGCUGAUUUAUACGAAUGUGUCAAUGCAACAGAACAGCUGGCAUCCUCAACAGGGAACCAAACAGGUCAGGAAAGCUGGUCCGAAGAUGCCUCACUUAGUUUGGGGACGCUCUGCACCAUUUACGCGGCCUACGCCACAAUAAUUUCAAUGGGUCUUCUAGGGAACGUCAUCCUCGUCAAAGUCUUCUUCAAGAUCAAAUCAAUGCAGACGGUCCCCAAUAUUUUCAUUACCAGCCUGGCUUUUGGGGAUCUGCUCCUUCUGCUGACCUGUGUGCCAGUUGAUGCUGCCUGUUACAUCGUGGAUACGUGGUUGUUCGGAAGAACCGGCUGCAAACUCCUGUCUUUUAUUCAGCGAACCUCGGUCGGAGUAUCCGUGUUCACCCUAACAGUCCUCAGCGCAGACAGGUACAAGGCGAUUGUGAAACCCUUGGAGCUCCAUGGGGCUGAUGCUGUCCUGAAGACCUGCUGCAAAGUUGCUUGCAUAUGGAUCAUCUCUAUGUUAUUCGCUGCCCCAGAAGCCGUAUCGUCUGACCUCUAUGCUUUCCACGUGCCCGAGAAGAACACCUCCCUCGAAACCUGCGCACCUUAUCCUGUCUCUGAACGAGUCCUGCAGGAGGUCCACUCCCUGGUCUGCUUCUUGAUCUUCUACAUCUUACCACUGGUGAUCAUAUCCAUCUAUUACUUUCUUAUUGCCAAGACGCUCUUCAAAAGUACCUCCAACAUGCCCGCAGAAGAGCAGGGCCAUGCCCGUAAACAGAUUGAAUCCCGCAAGCGAGUUGCCAAAACCGUGCUGGUCUUAGUAGGCUUGUUUGCCUUCUGCUGGCUGCCGAACCACAUCCUCUACCUGUACCGUUCGUUCACCUACCACACUUCCAUAGAUACAUCCGCUUUCCACCUUGCGGCAACGAUCUUCUCCCGGGCCUUGGCCUUCAGCAAUUCUUGUGUCAACCCCUUUGCCCUCUACUGGCUGAGUAAAAGCUUCCGCCAACAUUUCAAGAAGGAACUCUUGUGUUGCAAAGCCAAGAAGCCCGCAAGGCGGCCCAGCAUCACCCAGAACAACACCCCGAGCAGAGCGAUGUCAGUCACGGGCUCGGAAAUCAGUGUCACUUUGCUCACGGACUACAGCAUCACCAAAGAAGAGGAGAGUGUUUAA